AUGCCUAUCUCAAAUGCCAAACCCACACCUGUUGCCAACGGUGCCAGUAGCGCUGCUAUGAGUCAAGGCAAUAUCAGCCAAGUACCAGCAAACAACCGCAAUAGCGUUGAUCGAUUCACACGAGCACCGGCCUCAGAAGGUCCAUAUUUCGCUGGCGCGAGAAUGUCAGAGAGAUCAGCACACAUCACAGGGCUUUCAAAUCAGCUCAGCGCAAUGGAUGAUAUUAUGAAGACUGGGAGAUAA